AUGUGGGGGGUGAGGGUUGGGCUUGCUGGGAGGGGGAGGGGGGGCACGGAGAGGGCUGCCAGGGAUCUCUGCACAGCUGCCUCCGAAAGUGUGUGCGAGUUUGGAGAAGGGAAAAAGGCGUUUGUGUUGUCGGGAGGUGCACGCGACCAGACUGGGACCGGUCCAGGCCCCGCACGGCUCUCGUUGCAGCCCCAGCAGCUGCCCCUCCCAGGUGGCCUGACAUUUGAGUCGCAGCCGGGCCAGAUUAGAUGGAAGGUGUACGGAGAAGGACAGACGGCAGAGGAGGAUGAGGAGGGGAGCCACCACUAUUAA